UGAAAAUCGGUUUCGUUUUAGGUAAUUGGACCGUCUCCACCAACCACAGUAACACCAACCAAAGUAACAUCAACCAAACUUGUCACUACAGCCGUAACAGAAAUACCAACCACGGUAUGAGGAAUAGAGCGUUAAUUUUCAUUUUUGAUCUUUUGGCUGGCUCUUGUGCAAUCUUUACUUCUAUGUUAUUUAAACUUCAAGUUUGAAGACGUCUAUCAGGUAACUUUUACUUAGAUGAACACACAUUACAACUUAAUCCAGCGACUCAAUGGUCAGAAUCACUUUGUACACCGUGAUAAACAGUACCACCGGAAAGUACUGCUCAGUAGCUGUCAUUUAAAUCGUCACACCGCGUACAUGACACGAUCAAAUGUUAGUCUAGUAGUUACAGAUAAAGUAUUGUUAUUACUUGAUAAUUAUUUUCUGCCUAUUCAAAGUUGCUGAAUUGAUGAAAACUUCAAGGAAAGCUAUCAAUUUGGAAACUAUGUUUUCUCUCGUAGACACAGACAGUCCAACCCGGAACGUCUACGACAACGGAGACACCUGGGCCAUCUGUGGUAAUUUAUCUUUUUUCCAUCUUAAUGCAUAUUUAUGAUGGAUAUGGUUAAACUCAGCAUCGACAGAUAAAGUAUAAGGCGAGGUCGCAAAUUGUUUGUAUUGCCUUCGAUAACCACAGUACGGCAUACCCUGGCUUGUUCUAUUCCAAAGAAUUCAGGGCUUGAAAACUAGUCCCGUUAAGCAGUCUGGGACGAGUUGUAAUUCUGCUUUUGGGGAAUCGAAGUAACUUUCCAUGUCCACUUGUACGAUGGGCAAGGACCCAGGCAGGUUGAAUUCUAAACAAAUAAAAAAGAAAUCAAGAUAACUGAUGUAGCAACCUGGGGAAAAUUUUUUAGAGUUUCUUGUUUCAGGAACAAUUUGGAGUUCAGGUUUUUUCAAGUCCUGCUAAAGUACUUCAAAUUAUUCGUAUCACAAUUUUAUUGUUCUCAAGAUGCUUGUAAAUUAACCGGCGCUAGAAAAAAUUACCGCAAUUACCAAAAGCUAGAAACAAUUACCACAGAAGAUAUUCCAUUUUGGUUAUUAUUUAGAUACCAACGGUUAUAAAAGUAAAGUUUCUAUUGUAUAGCAAAACAUAUAUAAGCGCAGGGAGGUUUUGCUCUAUAAACUUAAAUUAAGUGGUGAACGUUAAAAUUGUUAAGACGGAAUCACCAGGAAAUUGAGAACCCGAAUAAUUUAAACAAUAUUGCAUUCGUUUUUACACUUUUCAAGGGCUAUAGGUAUUGUUAGUUAUCUGCAAUAACACCAAAGACAAUUUCUCAUGAGAGCGCGAGAAAACAAAUGUCAAGUUUCCCCAAGAAUUAUGAAAACACAGGUAAAAUUCUGAAAAUUUCAUGUGUAAGAUGUCAUUUUUUUGAAAUUUGGCAUUUAUUUUCUUGGGCUCCAAUAAGAAAUUUUCUUUGGUGUUAUUACAAAUAACUAAUAAUUACAUCUGUAGCCCUUGGAAAAUCUAAAAAAAAGAAUCCAAUUUGCUUUAAAUUAUUCUGGUACAAGGUUUUUGUGCGCUGAAAAUUGAAAUUACUGAAUUUCCUGAUGGAUUCUGUCUUAAGUUCUUUUUUGUUUGUUAGUUUGUUUUAACCGUCAUUUAUAUUUUUAUUGCAGCCCGGUGUAAAUGCAGAUGCCAGGAAGCAGGUCAGUUUGUUUUCCUGCGCUAGACUUCAGUUGUAUGUUUUCCUGCGCUAGACGUCAUUUGCAUGUUUUCCCGCCCUUGCAUGUUUCCCCGCGCUAGACUUCAGUUGCACGAUUUCCAACGCUAAAUAUCCGUUGCAUGUUUUCCUGUGCUAGACUACAGUUUCAUGAUUUUCCCGCGCUGCACAUCAGUUGCAUAUUUUCCAGCGCUAGACAGAUGAGUUUCCCUUUACUUCCCAAUUUAGAAAUAUUAGUGAGUUUGCGAGACGACGAAGACAACAGGAAAGAUAUCGUUAGACAAAUAGUUGGUCAUUGUAAGGUUAUCGUGACUUGCAUUAUGCUUCCUAAAUAAAUGUUUUUUAGCUGUUCGGUGGCUGUAUUUUACCAUUUUGCUGUUUUUAAUCCUGUCAGGAAGGCAAUUCAGUUGGUAGCGCUGCAAUUGCUGGAAUUAUCAUUGGCUCAAUCAUGUUCGUGCUUUUAAUUUUCGUGGUACUGUGGUUGUUAAAAAAGAACGUACUUCCUUCCAGAACUUUCCACUAUAAAAAGGUAAUAGUUUAAAUUUUCAGUUGAUAUUUCAUUCGUACUGGGCUAUUGAACAGUACGCCCUCAUUUUGGACUAGUUACCAAUUAGAGAGGAAUUUGUUUGUCGAAGUUGUAACUUUACAUGUAAAACAUCUCACUUAUUUAGCUGGACUACGCGAGAACAAUACUUUUUAGGUUUCAGUUGGGUUAUAAUUUUAUAACUAAAAAUGGGAAACCAUGUUAAACACUAAAACAAAAAAGUACAGUUCAGUACACACAUUCUUAAAUCUCACCCAUAAAAUCAAAAGUUGAAACCAACUCGCACAGCACAGUUUGAAAAUACCAUAGGAAAGCACCGUAUGGCAGAGUUCAUUUAGUACCUUACACUUAAGAAAUUAAUACACAGCCUCGGAAAUUUUCUCAAUGAGUUUUGUAGUAAUCUUUGCAAGAGUGAAACUGGUUAUUCCUAGCGGGUAUUAUACCUUCAUCCUGUGUAAUAAUUUGCAUCAUUUUCCCCAGAGCGCUGACACUGUCCACUUCAGCAACGAGGCUUACAGUGGUACAAAUAGUUCAGUGUCAUUUGACAACGUGCUGUACGACAACUUUGAAGCUGAGCCAGUCCUUAUGCAGCCACUGGAUUUUCCAAUCGAUGACAAACAGCCCUUACCACAGGUGAAUACGAAUAAGCCUAAUUUUAAGCAUAGUUAUUAGAGGAGACUGGUUAUGAAAAGCGGCAAACAUCAAUGAUAAAAACAACAGUGCUGCAGUUUAUGUUGGAAGUACCGUGAAAGUGCACAAUCCUUUGUUUUCUGUUGGCAAAUUGUUACGGAAUAAAUCAAUGCAACGUUUUUAUUGGUCAAUACAAUCAAAAUGAUAGGAAUUCUUUUGAACGUUGUGCACUUUCAGGUCCACAAAAACAUGUAACAAAGGAGUCUGGCGGGUUUCAUAACCAUUCCACUCAAUUAACUAUGUUUUAAGGGAACUGUCAAACAACUAUGAAGGGAGAGAAAAAAUAAAUUAUUCCGAAAUUUUCCUCGUCCUUUACGCCACUUAAAAUGCUUUAUUCGCAUCUAGCAUAGCUUGUUCCUAGCAUCAUUGUCGAGCGUUUUUAACAUGAGCCUCUGGCUCGGAAGGUUGUCUAAACACUUCCCACGUUUUCGACAUUAAAUACAUUACCCUAAUUCUAACUCUAAUUGGCACGUUUCUCUCCAAUUGUUUGUUUUCCCGCGCUCAGCAUUAGCGCCAUUUUAUCCCGCGCUCAGCGUUAGGGGUAUGUCCUUAGCACCAUAUUUUUCCGCGCUCGGCAUUAGCGCCGUGCAUUCCCGCGCUCGGUAACAGUUGUACGUUUUCCUGCGCUCAGUAACAGUUGUAUGUAUUCCCGUGCUCAGUAACAGCUGUAUGUAUUCCCGCGCUCAGUAACAGUUGUAUGUAUUCUUGCGCUGGAUAACAGGUGUAUGUUUUCCAGCGCUCAGUAACAGUUUUAUGUAUUCUCGCGCUCAGUAGCAGUUGUAUGUAUUCCCGCGCUCGGUAAAAGUUGUAUGUUUUCCAGCGCUCAGUAACAGUUGUAUGUGUUCCCGCGCUCAGUAACAGUUGUAUGUAUUCCCGUACUCAGUAACAGUUGUAUGUAUUGCCGCGCUCAGUAACAGUUGUAUGUUUCUCUGCGCUCGGUAUCCGAGUUGUAUGUAUUCCCGCGCUUUUUCGUAGUUUUUAAGGCCACUCCGAGGAUGGGUUGUGAAAGAUGUUGUUAUUUUUUAGGGCAAUUCACCGGACCAUCUGGACUAUGAUAAUCCACUGUAUCGUGACAUGAUGGGCCUUGACUCACUGCACCCUUCUGUCGACUCGUAUUUCAGACAGGACACGAAACCGGUAUGUGAUUUGCUAACUCUUGCUUCAAUACUAAAUGUGCGUAAACAAGCGCAAACUAAAUCUGCAAACCAUACAGGGGGCACCCAACGAGAACAUAGUUCAAAACCACUCAAGCAUAACAUUGUUAAACGUGUUUUAGCAUUUAAACGGUAGAUAUAGGCAUAUUUUUAUCCCCUAAAAAUUUUCAUCUGUUCCGAUUUCCUAGCUAAAAGUCUAUUGUUCCGAAAAUCAUAGGGAUCAAAGCUUACCUUUUCGAAAAUUUCAGCCAGAAAAAAGGCUCCCGAAAAUUCUAGGUGACCUCUCAGGGUAAAAAUAAGUUAAAAAUGGACAAUUAUACCAUCCUAGGAGAGACAGGCAAGCAAGACAUUUUACAACAAAUUCUAGAUCUCAAAUCGUCUUCCGAACAGAUAUUUUCCGAAAAUUGACGGUGGGUGCCCCUGACCAUACGAAAAAUAAGUCCCGUAUGGCUGCCAUACGUGUCAAGAGAUAGUGUCAGACAACGCAUACGGCCUUGUUAGAAAUUGCGCGCCAAACGAGGCAAAUGCUGCCAUGAACGCGUUUUCACUCCGUCAGAACAAUUCAAAAGCGAAACGGUCAUAUGAUAAAAUGCCUAUUGACUGAGUUGAGGGCCGGAUGGGAAUAUAUUUGGCUGUCGGUCAGGACGUACGGACCUGACGCAACCUAGCUAAAUAUUUUCCCGUACGGCCCUUCCCCUCAGUUAGUAAGUACAUAUUAUUUUACCCUAUAUACCAGGUUACAAGUGAAGAAGGUAUCAAAGAAUUUGCUAACCCAAUGUACGCGGAUUUCUCAGAAGCCAAGAAACGGAAUUUGAAGGUAUGUUACGUCAUUAAUAAAGCCAUUGCGGUUCACCAAGUGCCGCCUGGUUCGAGAUAGGAAUUUGACGAAAAGGUAAACAGAAAAAGAGAAGAGCCAUUGCGCGUGCGCCACAACUGUUAGCUGCUACGAUGACAAGGACAGAAUAAGCGAAUCCUUGUUUACAGUUUUUGCCUCAUUAGCAUAGGCUUCUCAUUAUCUGAUGAAGCUAAUAAAAUGAAAUUUCUGAAUAUUGAAAGAGCAUAACAAUUUCAGUUAUCUCUGAAAAUUUGAGCCCGAUAUACCAAAUAGUUUUGGAGAAAUUCGCUUUGAAAAACCCAAAAAUUUACAAAGAAUGUAGGAGUCCAUUAACGUUCAGUUGCCACCCAGUAAUUUAGUUUGCAGGUUUUAGUUGCUGCCUUUUUUGGUUAGUGAUUACAAAGAGCUGAAACUUGCACAAACUCCAUAAAAUAACCAGCUCUUUUUAAUUUUUGAACCUAAAUGGUAUAAACGGCUACAUCUUCUAUGGCUUCUGGUAUGCUAAUGAUCAGAAAUGUAAACAAUGACGUCCCGAUGAAUCCGCUUAUACCAGUAGGGUCACUGACGAGUCACAUUAUGCAUUUGCACGGGCGUUUGAUAUUUUCGUUUUUUUUCCCAUUAUAAUCAGCAGAGUCAAAACUUUUCAAGUAAUUAUAUUUCCGGAAAACGUGACGACAUGACUUCUUAUUGAAAUUCAAAUUAAGUCACUGGACUAGCUAGUAACAUAGAUUAAAUUAGUGUCGUUUUCUUUUAAAAUUGUCAACGUAUUUCCUCUUGAUCUCUCAAAAUGGACGGACAGAGCUUGCCUUUAAUUGUCAGGAUACUCCACCCCUUUCCUCUUUAAUUCAUGCCAAAAACCAAUCAUGUUGUCCGAUGUUAUUAGUUUAUAUCCAACUUUUUUUACCUUGUUUCUCUCUAGUUAAAUCUCGACUCCAGCUAUCAUCCAGGUGGAGAAGAUACAUGUAAGUUAUUCAUGCACUUAUCACAGCUUUAUUCAAUAAUUCUCGCAUAAAGUAGGAGCCCAUAACAAACUAUGGCUCUUCAUUCGUGAAUUGGUUAGUGUAACGGUUUCUAAUGGUGUCCUACUAUUUUUACAGUGUGUAAUUUGAUGUUUAAUCUGAUUUAAUUGUUUUCUUUGCAUUUCAGGCUAAGUUCAGUCUAGAGAGGGAGGUAGGACAUGAAAUAAUAUAAUAUAAUUAUUGUUUUGUGACUAACUCUGUUGUUAACAUUUUUCUUGAUCCAACUGUCAAUUCGUAAACCUCUUAACUAUUCAAAGUGACAAAAUAACGGAAUCAUUUCGGCGAGGAGAAAGUCUAGGAAAUACGAUCGAAAUAAUUUGGAUAUCAGAUGAAACAUUCCCUCUCUCUUGAUUGUAAACUUCUUAAUGUUUGGAUAUCAAGUGAAACACUGUUUCUCGUGUUUGAUACAUUUCUUGUCGCUGAUCGGAUAUGAGAUAAGCGCUCCUGUUCUCGGUGUUUGUAUAUCCGAUGACACUCUGCUUCUUUUGUUUAGUACACUAUAGGAAUAUUUAGAGCUUCAUUUUUUUCAAGGAUUAUCCUUGCCCAUGAAAUACUGUCUACUAAUAUGUGAACAUUUUUUUUCCUCAGAGAUCCUUGACAAGUGUCGAGAAAAGUGAGAUGAGUUUGUAUGAGGAAAAAAUUUCUUCAGGUUGUCUUAUUCCGAAGCUUAAAAAAGCUAAAAACGUGGAGUUGAAGUUUUGUUACACUUAAAGUCAGUUGCUUAUCUAAAAGUCGAACAAGAAGUGUGACGCAGAAUCAUUACUUGCAAUAGUCAAUUGCGUGCAGCGUCGACUCUGGAAAAUAUGUUUUCUAAGCAGUGUAAAUUACAUACUUUAAAACUUUAAUUGUUUACAUUUUUUAGUUGCAAAAAUUCAAGACCUGACUUUUUCCCGCUCUUAAAUUAAUGCUUUAUAGAAAGUUUUCACUCACGUGGCCAACAGCUAUGCAAAUUAAUUGGAACAAUAGAAGGUUUUUAAGUAAGAAAAAGGUUCAAGUUUGGGACACCAAUAUGGCCGCCGUGACGUCAUGUGAAAACGCUCUUUAAGUUAAAAGAAGUUUGCAGGAUGUGGGAGAGCGGAGAACCCGGUAAUCCUUCGGGCUUGAACUGGCAAACUGUCUUUAGGUGCACAGUUCCUAGCUCACAGACCAGGACAUUUUGUUUAGUUAACUAACAGAUUCAAUUUUAUUAUGUUCAAAACUAUUUUUUAAAAAGAUCGCAUUCUAUGUUAGCGAUAAUACGAUCGGCUAACAGAAGUUAAGUAGCCUUAACCACAAGUAGUGAACCUUCCUGUUGGCAAUACGCCUGUUUGUUAAACACUGUUGUCUUGUUAAUACCGUAGAAUAAACACUUGCCGUAUAAGUACACAAGAUAUAAACAAAUGCUGCCUCGAAAUUCAUACGUGCUCUUUCAGUGCAAAUGAGAUUAAGGCUACGUGCAAACGGACGCAACAUUGUCGACCAACAACUCCCAAUCUCCUUUCAUUUUUACUUAAACAUAUGUACUUAAGAUUGGAACCAUUUUUGGAGCUCACACUGCGCCUCUUAAGGUCACGUGACCAGCCACGCUUAUAAUUAUGCAAAAUUUAGCUUUUGCAGACUUCACCAUGAAAAUGACUGUAGAAGCUCCCGUAUAUUUUUCCAUAGUGUUAGGUUUAAAGGCAAAUAAGUCAAAUUAAACGGGGCAUUGCAAAAUAUUUUAUUCCUAUGCAAUUAUCAAAUGUUUUCUCCUCGACCCAGUCCCA